CUCUUACUGGCCUCCAGAGUGCUAUCAGGACUACCUCAAGAUACUGCACUGGAGGUGCAGUAUCUCUUACUGGCCUCCAGGUGAAGCUUUAACCGCAAGCAAGCUCGACAUUCGAUGCAAUGACUGCGACAUGCAACAAAACCAGUUGUAACAGCGGAGGAGGUCACCUAUAUUAGUUGGAUUACCAACAACACGACCCUCAUCUUUCGGUACGACCUUCACAUCCAAGACUAUGACGCAAGCCAAUGGUCAAAUGAAUGGGCAGCUUAACACGAAUUCAGACUACCUCAAGAAUAAAGACAAAGAAGAUGAACCCUUGCUCCGAGACAACCCAAGAAGAUUUGUCAUUUUCCCAAUCCAAUAUCCUGACAUUUGGAAGAUGUAUAAGCAGGCACAGGCUUCUUUCUGGACAGUUGAGGAGGUGGAUCUAUCGAAGGACUUUGCUCACUGGAACAAACUGAAACCUGACGAAAAGCACUUCCUGUCCCACAUCUUGGCUUUCUUCGCUGCCAGUGAUGGAAUCGUCAACGAGAACCUGGUCCAGAGGUUCAGUCAGGAGGUGCAGAUCCCGGAGGCUCGCUCCUUCUAUGGUUUCCAGAUCCUCAUUGAGAACGUCCACUCAGAGAUGUACAGCAUGCUCAUCAAUACGUACAUCCAGGACCUGCAACAAAGAGAGCAUCUCUUCAAUGCCAUCGAGACCAUGCCUUGUGUGAAACGCAAAGCAGAUUGGGCAUUUCAGUGGAUCAAUGAUGAUAAAUCUACAUUCGGGGAGCGAAUUGUCGCUUUUGCAGCAGUUGAAGGUAUUUUCUUCUCGGGUUCCUUUGCUUCCAUCUUCUGGCUAAAGAAGAGAGGGCUGAUGCCUGGCCUGGCCCACUCCAAUGAGCUGAUUAGUAGAGACGAGGGUCUGCACUGUAAUUUCGCCUGCCUGAUAUACAAGCACCUGGUGAAGAAACCGUCAGAGGACAGAGUCAGGGACAUCAUCACCAAAGCUGUCAGCAUUGAACAGGAGUUUCUGACAGAGGCCUUGCCCGUGGCUCUGAUUGGAAUGAACUGCGGUUUAAUGAACCAGUACAUUGAAUUUGUCGCUGAUCGACUCCUCUGGGAACUUGGGCUGGCCAAGGUUUACAAAGUUGAAAAUCCGUUUGACUUCAUGGAGUCCAUUUCGUUAGAGGGCAAAACCAACUUCUUUGAGAAGCGAGUGGCUGAGUAUCAGAAGUUUGGAGUCAUGUCGGGUAUGAUGGACGGGGAAUUCACAGUGGAUGCUGACUUUUGACUUGUUACAU